AUGGCCGCCAACAUGCAGCACAUGGCUGGGGUCGGCCAGAUGAUGCCCCAGCAAAUGCGAAAGCCCGCAAACGCAAAUCAGCUACAGCAGCUUGUCUAUCAGACUCUUCUCCAGCAUGCACAGGCGCCCAAUGCUCUGGCGUGGCAAGCUAACGUCAGCUUGAACGACCGCAUGGGCAAGACUAUGGACCUCAUCUCCAACAUCACCCUGGCUGUCGGCAUCGAGCAGAUACGAGCCGCGGAAUUUGGCUGCAACUUUGAGCGCGAGGCCUUCAUCAAGUCGCCCAACAAGGAGGCCUACGACCAAUUGAUGGCCAACAAGACCAUGGAGUUCUUCAAGAAGCGGCAAGCCAACGAGCCCAACCUCCAAAACACACUCAACGCCCAAGCACAAGCAGCCCAGGCACAGGCACAGGCACAGGCCAUGAUGAACAUGCAAGCUCAGAUGGGCCGAGGCAUGGGCCAGGCUCCGCAACAGGGCUUCCAGCACCUUCAACAUCAGAUGCAGGCUUCACAGAUUCCCCAGCAUGCGCAGCAACAACCCCAGGCGCAGCAACAACCGAUGGGCAUGGGCAUGGGCUUGCAGGCUGGUCGCGGUGGCAUGCCCCCUGGUCUCGGUGGUCAACAGGCCAUGGGUAUGGCUGACAAGGCCAAGGUCAUGGAUCUCGCCUCCAAGAUGAUGAUCCAAGCCAGCGAACAGCAAAAGUCGAGUGCACGCUUGCAUGUGCAGCAGCGGAUGCCGCCGCAGCAGCUUGCCGAGUUCCAGGCCCAAGGCAAGGACCCCCUGUUGUGGUUCUUCCAGACACAGGCUUUCCAUAUGCUCAAGGCGAGCAUGAACCAGCGCUUGCAGCAACAGGGAGGUGCCCAGAACCCCAACGCUGGUCAAGCUGCCAUGAUGCAGCCGCAACACAGCCAGCAGUCUCUUCAGCGGCAAAACAUGAUGAAUGCCGGACAGCCAAACGAGUUCUCGCAGUUCACGCCCAACAUGGAGAGCAUCAAGGAUCAACAGAUGAACGGCCUUAUGGCUCAACAGGCUGGCCAGAUGGUCGUCCCGGCUAGCAAUGGAGGCGCCCGCAACGCCACGCCCCAGCCGGCAAACCAAAACAUGCAGCAACAGUCUCAGCAGCAGCAGUCUCAGCACCAGAUGCAGACGCAGCCUCAACAGCAGCAACAGCAGCAACAGGGUGCCAAUCUUCAACAAAUGAAGAUGAACCAGGCGCAACCACCACAGCCACACCUCCAGAUGAAGCAGAUGCAGGGUCAGGGCAACAUGGGCGGUGGCAUUCCCCCAUCGCAGAGUCCUGCCAUGAACACCCUCAACACGCCGGUAUCUCGCCCACCAAGUGCCAUGAAUGCCAUGGGUGGCCCCGGAAUGGGUCAGCAGGGGGGCAUGCAAUUUGGGGAUCAGCGAUUCAACCAAGGCAUCCAACGGCCGAACAAUCAAGCAUUCAGCAACAUGCUCAACAGCAUGACGCCCGACCAAAGGCAGGCUCUUCAUGGCCUGCCCCCCGAGAAGCUCAACGAGGUGAUGAGGAGGUGGCAGAAUCAGAGGCAGGAACAGAUGGCCAUGGGCGCGGGUCAAAUGAACCAGAAUCGCCCCCAGAAUCAGUUUGGUGGGCAGAUGAACAUGAACAUGGGUGGUGGCCAAGGCCCCCAGGGGAUGCAGCAGCCCGCCGGCCCAGGGACCGGGAAUCAGCAACAGCAGAUGCGGAUGCCCAUGCAGAACCCCCAGGCCCAAGUCAUCAUGGAUCAGAUGGAUCUGCCUCCGCAAGUCCAUAACCAGAUUGGCCAGCUUCCUGUCGAGGUCAAGAAGUGGAGGGACUUGAAGAUGUGGCUGAACCAGAACAACAACAGCCUACCUCCAAACAUCCGCGCUUCACUCGUCACCCUCCAGCAGAAGCAAUUUCAUGUCUUGAUGCAGAGGCGCGCAUCCAUGUCGGGUCAGAAUCCGGGCAUGAACCCAGCCGGAAUGCCUGGUCAGAUGCCCAAUCAGCAGCUGGGCAUGCAGCGGCCUGUUGGAAAUAUCCCGCCUCAAGUCGUCCAAGUGACGAACCAGGAGAUCUCGCAGAUUCGCAGUCAGAAGCAAAACCUGGCUGGCAUGCCCGAAGAGCAGCUGCGGGCAAUGAUUUCGCACAUGAAGAGACAGGCGUGGUUGCAGCAGCAGCAGCAGCAAAUGAGAGCACAACAGGCGCAAGCCCAGACCCAGGCCCAGGCCAACACUCAGGCUCAGGCUCAGGCUCAGCAAGGCGGGCAGAACCAAAUGUCCGGUCCUUCUCAGGCCUCGAUGCAGAUGCAACCGACUCCGCAGCCGCAUCAACCGCAACAAAAUCGCACGCCCCAACCUCAACCUCAGGGGACGCCUAACACCACGGGACAAUCGGCCGCGAUGCAAUCCAGUACCCCGAAGCAGCAGCCGCAACAGUCUCAGGGGCCGCAGGGGCUGUCAGCCAACGACCAGUCAAGAAACAACCGGCCGCAACCGCCCAAGAACCUCAAGCGACCCAGCACCGACGAAGCUGCGGACACUACCGGUCCUGCAAGUGCCGGUUCAGCACCACCCAGGCCGACAUCGCAACCAGUCCAACAAGCACCGAAAGGCAUCACGUCUCUAACGCCACAGCAAGUCGCCUCUCUGAAUCCCGACCAACGGGCGAAGUACGAGCAAUACCUGAAGAUGCAAAUGGCUGGACAGGGUCAGCAGGCGGCAAACAUGAUGCAGCAGGCCGCGGGCACCGAGGCCCUGAACCGCCUGAAACAGCUGAGCCAGGAGGAACAGCGCAAGUUUGGCCAGGAGUCAUUGUCAGAGAUCCCCAUGAAUCAGCAAGAGCACAACGACACUGCUGCAAAGCUGCAGCGCAUCUCGAUGGAUAUGAAGAAGGUGGGCCGCGGCCUGACCAAGUGGUAUUCGAUUACGCGAGAUGAUGCGCGGGCCAAGAUGUUCUUCAGAACUCGAAUGCGCAUCAUGAAGCAAUUUUGCGACGGCGAGGCUAUGCGGGAGCUCAACGACAAGUUCAGCAUUCGCUCCUCCGAGAUCGACCAGGCUCGAGCAAUGUUGGAAAGCAUGGCUAAGGACCUUGCUGCCAGCAUGAUGAAAAGCGGCAUGUUGAAGCAGGCCAGCCAGGCACAGCAAAGUCAAGCGGCGUCUCAGAACCAGGGGCAGCCGCAGCCGCAGCAGCAACAGGACCAGCCGGUGCCGCUGAAUGCCGCCAACCUAGAGAAGAACACGCAGGCAUUGAACAAGAUGAACCAGCAGAGGCCGGCGGCAAAGGCCAACCAGGUCCCUCCAGCGCCGACGGCAGCGCAGCCACCGUUCCCCUUUGGCGAGUCUUCACCCCACGGAAACCCCAGCUACAUCGGCAAACCAAAGGACAUGAACCUCCAGCUGCCGCCGGCGCGCAAGAAGCAGAAGACUGCGGGGCCGCAGCCCGGUCAAGCAGCGCAGGGUGCCACACCAUCGCCCAAGACGAGCAAGAAUGCCUCGCCCGAGAUGCGCCGAGCGCCCGAGCCGCAGAAGCCAGUCUUGCUCUGCAAGGACCCCGAGUGUUCCUCGUCACCUUUGGGAUUCCCGAACGAACAAGCAUUGCAGCACCACAUCGAUGAGGAGCACGUCAGGCCCAUGGAGGAUCCCGUCAAGUUUGUCAAGGAGAACCUGGCGCUGGCGCUCGGCUUGGACUCGGACGGAAGCCUCAAGAAAGCGACGCAAGCCUCGGCAGCCAUGAGCACGUCGACGUCGAAGCAAGGCCUCCUCACGCCGGGCAACAUGGCUAGCACGCCCAUGUCUCAGGACAUGUCGAUGAAGAGGACGCCAAGCGCUGCUGGCAGGCCACAGGACGCCAAGUCUGCGGGGAAAAUGGAUGCUGGCGGCGCGCCGAGGCAGGGCGACGGCAAGCCAACGGAUGCUUCGGGGACUCUUGCGACACGCGCCGACCCCUGGGCUGGCUGCACCAUUGACCCCCAGGCUUUCAUUGCCAACCUGGGGUGGGAGAAGGGAAUCGGGCUGCCCAACAUUGUCAGCGAAGCCAACAUGUACCGGUCGCUGACGCCCAAGGACACGCCGGAAUCCAGCAAGGACAGCGGGUCGAGCGAGCCGAACAGCGACAUCUCCGAGGGCGCGGCACUCGACAUUGACGUGUACUGGCGCAACUAUGAAAACUUCGACUCGGACCUGCUGCUUGAUCUCCACAACGCAAACCUGGAAGGGGACAUGAUGACCAAGGACGUGAGCGGGCAGACGCUUGAUCCGAUGGUCCUCAUGGAACCCUCGUUCGGACCAGCCCCAGACUGGGACGACAUCAACAUCGACUUCACGAAGCCAUUCGAACUUGAUACCCGCUUUUACAGCAUGGCAACCUAG